AUGGGAAUGAUCCCACUCUGGAAACAGAUGCUGUCAGCCAUCGAGCAGGAGGAUCGAAAGGAGCUGGACAGGGUACUGCACGCGUUCGACUUUGCUAUUGUUAUCCAGACACUGGUCACAUGGAACACGCCCAACACCGACAACCAGUACAAACAUGACCCGGAUGUUCUGCUGGACGCCAAGGAGCUUCUGGGACCCAAAGUCGACCAUCUCAACUUGAUACAGAUCGCUUGCUUCUACUUUAACGAGGAGAUGGCGUUAGAUAUGUUGAACUUUGUGGCCAAGGCGUCAGAGGAGCUGGAAUCCAAGAAAAUUCUGUAUGAGUUUAUGGGCAAGAUGUGGGGCGAUGGAAAUACAACAUUGCAUCUGGCGAGUUUUCUGGGCAUGGCAGAUUUGACCAAGAGGCUGCUUGACUUGGGCGCCAAUGUGUACAAGAUGAACCACAGGAAGUAUAAGCCUGUCGAUUGUGCGGACGAGAACACAACCAUGAGCCUCUUCCUCAACUUGACCGAAGUUGUGCGAUACAAGCGCAUAGGGCAGGAAUCGCUUCCGACAUCGCCAACAGCUGAUUCUGGACCCAACUUUCACUGGAGCUCCUUCAACUCAUUGGGACACAUGCGGUCAACAUCGACGUCACAAUUACCACUAUCGACUCUGGCUUCAAGUGAGCACCAUUUCGUGACAGGACCAAACAGCGGUUAUACCCUCCUUCGUCCGGCAUCUACGCUGGGCAUCGCCAGCCAGCUCCAAGGACUAUUAAUCAGCGACUCCGGCAGUAGCAAUAACGGUGUCUCAACCAAGCGACUGUCGUCCAAGCAGGGGCCAGCAACCUCGGACACGCACGGUUCACUGCAGGAAGAUGGAUUCAUCGAGGACCUAUUGCUGACGGAGUCGAGGGCGACGCUGAGAGAGUCGGAGGUCGACAUUCAAACGAUCUUGUCGCCGAUAGUCGUAUCAAAGCUCUCAGAACUCCAUACUGGAACAUCAGGAGCAGAAGCGUCUUCCAGUCUUCACCCAGGGACCAGCUCUGUCACAGGAAGUUUGACGAAAGGAGAUGCGGCGUUUUCUGCUUCACUCUCGACGUUCAACUCUUUGCAUGCACAGGACAUUGGACGACAGUUGGACUGCAAUAGCCUAUCCAACACGUCCUCGUCUUCUUCAAAUGGUGGUACCUCUUCAGCCAGUCAUAUCCGACCCAAGCUCAGGAGCUACCAGUCCUCGCCAUCCAUUCGCCUAUAUGCGUCAACAACGUCACCCACGACCAAGGACAAUAGGGCAGGUCCAUUACCUAAGCAGAACAAGAGCGGGAAGAGGGUGUCGUUCGACCCGCAGUCAAUGAUGGCUGACGCGUCCAAGACGGGCGACCUUGAGCUGUACAAGUCCAUGCUAGCGCUUAUGCAAGAAGAGGAUACGAGCAAGACGCUGGUGGAGAUUAUCAAUCACCAGUCCGUGUCGAGGAACUUGAGCUCGUUGCAUCUGGCCGCCUCUUAUAACCAUAUUGUCCUGUGCCGGUUUUUAGUCCAGAACGGCGCCAAUGUCAACCUCACAGAUCUUGAAGGAUGGACGCCGAUGCACUGCGCAGCGGCAGAGGGUCACUUGGAGGUGUUUGAGUUCCUUGUGAAGGGGAAGGAGGCGGACCUGCAAGCGGCCACGUAUGAUGGCGAGUUCUUUGAAGAUCUUGUUGAGGAUGAGGACUUGCGACAGAAGGUGACAGCCUUCAACCAGCAAAAGAACCACAACAAAAAAUAA